AUGGCCCCGAGUCCUGACGGAAAACAGUCUGCUCUAUGCAUGAUAGUAGCCCGACCCGCCCGCUACCGAGGGACAGCGAAUCCCAGGGCCUCUCGUGUCCUCCGUUGCCUGUUCGUCCCUCGAGUUGGUCUGGCCAACCCGGGUGGGCGCCUCCUCCGCCGUCUUACAGGUGCUUUGAUCCUCUCAUCGGCUCUCAUUCAGCAUAUUGCAUCGACUAACCUUCUCACAGUCCUCAAUAUCCUCAUCAGUAUCCUCCCCAUCCUCCUCAUCCACCACCAGGAAGUUAUCCUGCACCAGGACCCAGGCCGUACUAUCCUCCUUCUGGAUAUCACCCCCCUCCUACCCCACCACAACGUCCCCAGACGUCCUCCCCUUACACACAAGCUUAUCCAAAUGCUCCGCCCACAGGGGGUGCAAAUUUCCCACCCCGUCCCCCGGAGGGCGCCCAGCAGUUCGGCCAUGGAGCGCCAUCGAGCUAUCGGUUCCAAUAUUCGACGUGUACCGGUCGACGAAAAGCACUCUUAA